AUGGCAGUGCAAAGACAAACUGCAGCGUCAAGAUCUGCGAGGCCGGAAAGAAGGGAACAACAUGGUGUCUCUGAUGGGUUUCCGAUGACUAUAGGGAGAAGGUUGUUGAGCAAGUUAGCACACACACCCAAUUUGAGAAUGUCUUUCGGGCAAGUGGCUUUAGGAGGGGUUGAAGGUGUCGGUGAAGGUGUUGGAGGUGUUGAAGGUUCUAUAGGUGUUGGAGGUGUUGAAGGUGUUGGAGGUUUUGAAGGAGUUGGAGGUGAUGUGCAAUGGCCCCCCGGUGAUGUGGGAGGUGAUGUUGGAGAUGAUGUGGGAGGUGAUGUUGUGGGAGGUGAUGUUGGAGAUGAUGUGGGAGGUGAUGGUGGAGAUGAUGUAGGAGGUGAUGUUGUGGGAGGUGAUGGUGGAGAUGAUGUGGGAGGUGAUGUUGUGGGAGGUGAUGUUGGAGAUGAUGUGGGAGGUGAUGUUGUAGGAGGUGAUGGUGGAGAUGAUGUGGGAGGUGAUGUUGUGGGAGGUGAUGGUGGAGAUGAUGUGGGAGGUGAUGUUGGAGAUGAUGUAGGAGGUGAUGUUGUGGGAGGUGAUGGUGGAGAUGAUGUGGGAGGUGAUGUUGUGGGAGGUGAUGUUGGAGAUGAUGUGGGAGGUGAUGUUGUGGGAGGUGAUGUUGGAGAUGAUGUGGGAGGUGGGCAAACUUCUGGUGAUGGUGGAGGUGAUGUUGGAGGCGGGCAAACUUUUGGUGGUGUUGGAGGUUUUGGUGGAGGUGGGCAGUCUUUUGGGGUAUUAGUGGAGGAUACCAGAGUGAAGAAAAGAAGAUUGAAGGUAAGGAGAAAAGCUAUGGUUGCCAAAGCUCUUGAAGCCAUUUUUAAUGCUUUAGCUUGUUAUAGUUGGAAAGUGUUGUAG